CUGCAGCAAGUACGAGAUGAGCUCAUGGACCGGUACGAUGAAUUACAGCAGGAAAAUGACAAGCUCAAGGGGCAAUAUAGCAUGCUGCAGCAAGCACGGGAUGAACUCAAGGAUAGGUACGGAACUCUGCAACAGGUACGAGAUGACCUUAUGGAGCGUCACGGCACAGCACAGCAAGAGCAGGACGAACUCCAAAUCCAGUACAGAAUGCUGCAGCAGGAACGGGACGCACUGAAGGAUCGAUACCAGUCACUCCAGAAGGAACGAGAUGAGCUCAAGGACCAGCAUGACAUGCUGCGACAGGAACGGGACGGCCUUAGGGACGAGUUCCACACGCUGCAGCAGGAGAGCGACGAACUACAGGAUCAG